GAGACUGCUCGGGGAGGGAGUCGAAGCUUUGGUGGGAGGUGGAUGGGGAGGAGGACGCCAUUGCAGCCGCAGCUGGCCGUUUGUGAGUCGGCGGAGGAGAGAGACAUUACCAAAGUGAACAAUGUCGACUGGCUUUCAGGGAUUUCCCUGGCUCGGCUCUCUCUUCUGGGGCUGUGGUGUGGAAACAGAGGAGUAAGAUGGACGUUUUAUCCCCGUCGAGAGUGAAAAUGUGGAGCCGCAGCGCUGAGCCUAAGCAGUCCCCCACCAUUCCUUCACCAGUCCGGUGGCCCAGCUUCUCACCAUGAACACGAGCAGGAACUGUACCACAGUGGGGAAUGGCGAGGGUCUGGCUGCCCUGGAGUCAGUCUCCAUUGUGACCAUCACGCUGCUCGCCUGCCUCGGGAACUUUCUGAUUGUGGCAACCCUUUAUCGCAGGCCUUAUCUGCUCACACCCAGCAACAAGUUUGUGUUCAGCCUGACUCUAUCCAACCUGCUGCUGUCCGUGCUGGUGCUACCGUUUGUAGCUGUGAGCUCAGCAAAGAGAGAGUGGAUGUUUGGGGUGGUGUGGUGCAACUUCACCGCCCUGCUCUAUCUCCUCAUCAGCUCUGCCAGCAUGCUUACCCUUGGAGCUAUCGCUAUCGACAGGUACUACGCCGUGCUCUACCCGAUGAUCUACCCCAUGAAGAUCACAGGCAACCGGGCGGUUGUCGUCAUCGCCUACGUGUGGUUUCACUCGUUGGUAGGCUGCCUGCCUCCUCUGUUCGGCUGGUCCUCCUUUGAGUUCGACUGCUUCAAGUGGACGUGCGUGGCGUCGUGGCACAGAGAGCCGAGCUACACGGCCUUCUGGGUCACCUGGUGCAUCCUCCCACCCUUCUUCAUUAUGUUGGCGUGUUACGGUGUCAUUUUCCGCGUAGCCCGCAUGAAAGCCCGCAAAGUUCACUGUGGGACUGUUGUUGUGGCCCAGGACGACUCCACUGGAGCCCAGAGGAACGGGCGUAAGAACUCGAGCACCUCGACUUCCUCUAAUGGAAGUCGGCGGAGCCUCGUGUACGCAGGGAGUCAGUGCAAGGCUUUAGUCACCAUCUUAGUGGUGAUUGGCACCUUCCUCAUGACCUGGGGGCCAUACGUUGGGGUGGUGGGCACUGAGGCCUUGUGGGGUCAGGGCAGCGUGUCUCAGUGGGUGGAGACUCUGGUAGCGUGGCUGUCUUUCUGCAGCGCGGUGUGCCACCCACUCAUCUAUGGCCUGUGGAAUAAAACGGUGAGGAAGGAGCUGCUGGGGAUGUGCUUUGGAGAUCGGUACUACAGAGAGUCGUUUGCCACGCGCCAAAGGACGUCCCGCCUCUUCAGCAUCUCCAACAGAAUCACAGACUUGGGGAUGUCCCCACACCUGACUGCCAUGCUCGCGGGUGGAGGACAGCUGUUGGCCCCAGGAAGCAGCACAGGAGACACUGGCUUCAGUUUCACUCAGGACUCAUGCACAGAUGUGAUGCUGCUGGAUAACUUCUCCACAGAUGGCUCCUCCCUCGCGCAGCACCACGGGCCUCCGUCCGGGAAAAGGAGGAGCUCAGUCACCUUUGAAGACCAGGUGGAGCAUUCCAAAGCUGAAAACACAUCCUCAGUCCAGAUCCACGCAGAGGUGCACAAAUCUCUCGACAUGUUCGCCUCCUGCUUGGCGAAAGCCAUAGAGAGCGAUGCUAAGCUCACCCUGUUUGGGGAGAGUUCAGCUCUGUCAGCAGGACUCCUCACAGCGAGGGCCGCACCGAGGCCCAGAUACCUGGAAGGCCAGAGACUGAGGCUGGAGAGUAUUGAUGAAGGGAUCGUUAAGGAUGACAGAGGUGAAGAAGAGCAGGAUGGAGAGGAGAAACCCACCUGAACAGCAGCUUUCCCACUCUUGACUAGGGAUGGGUACCGGUGUUCUGACGUAAACGGUAGUAACCAGACCGAAAAGCAGC